AUGCAGCAGCGGGCAUUCAAACGACUACAAUCCAUUUUCAACGACAUACAGACAAGGUGCUUUAUCACCGAGGAAUCUCCCAGUCAUUUGUCGAAAGAUUCCAAAGAUCCCAAUGGCCACUCACUCCAGCCAGCCUCAACUGAAGGCGAUUUCCACGCAAAUUUGCUCCAAAUAGAUGUUUUACAUUUCGCAAACCAGAUAACGGAAUCGCUUUUGAGCGAAUUGAUGGCAUACGUGACAGCUUACACUAGUGUGUUCGCUGCUAGCUUUCUAGAAGGGGAUUACAAUCCUGAGGACACAAUCCUCAACAUCGUUUCCGAUCAAGCACAAAUGGAAGGUGUGGAUUUGGAGCUCGUUGAACUGGAAACCUGCCUAAUCGACCUGGUUCGCAAGGUGUGCGAUAACUUUUUCCUCUUAACGACCCGACGUUUCGACCUUGAAAAGCGUUGCUGCUGUGACACUGGUGUUAUCGUGCGUGCACUUGAUCGAAUCUACGGUCGCGUGCAGCAGUUCACCAGAUCCUACACAGAGGCACUGUACCGUAUGGGGCCGUAUGAUGGCCUUCCCACUGAACAAUUCACAGUGGGCCUAUUUGGACAAAGUUCAAAGGAGACCUGCACUCAGCUGCUCCAAUCCGCUCAAAGCUUGGUUGAUGAUGUGGCCAGAUCACGAACGGAGCAUCACCUAUCGAAAAUCUGUCAGAGUGCUGUCGAUUCCAUCACUGAAUUGCGUCAGCAAUUGAUCAGCCCGGUUGUGGCUGGGGCAAUCAUGUCCGAUUCUCAGUCAGUGUACUCGGGUAACACGAAGAACUCGAGUAGCCCUGGGUGUCAGUUGGUCCCUUUAUUUGAGAAACUAAAUUCUUCUCUUACCACCCGCCUACACAAUGGACUCAGUGCACUGCAGGUUUUUGUCAAUUCGGAAAACUCAUUUGUUGCUCGUACACGCUUCAGCGAGCAAUUUUGUCUUCAUGAACUACGCGAGCGAUUGAUUGUUGGCUACCUCAAAUUCUUGCUCAAGUUCUUUGAGGAUAUGGCCGAGACUGCUGCUGGUCGAGUACCGGGCCCAAUCCUUCUACUUUUGGCUAAGCUUUGUCUUACCUGGGGUCAGUCGGGCACUGUUGGUCACUUGUUGGGUCUCGCAGAAGAGAUUCUUGCAGCUGGAAGCAAGCCAUGGCUUACUCCUUCAAACUCCAAAUCCACCGAAAACCGCCUUGCAUCCGAAGGCUGUUGGAAAUUCUCCUUGGAAACCCAACCCAUCUCAUCCAAAGAAAUGAGCGAUCUGUUUCUUGACAUAUCAACUCGUCUCCUGGUUGCAUUCGUCCGCCUCGAGGGUACCAGCUUGGCACAACUUCUGCGAAAAAGUGUGGAGGCUCGUGAUUGGCUUAAAACGUUGGAGCCUCGCUCAGUGCGUUCGGUGGUGAAGCGACUGAUGGACGAUAUAGCCGCACUAGAUGCUCAAAUCGUUCAACUCCUUCCCUCUAACACUCGAGGCAGAGAUCGCUUAAGUGAUUCCCGUUCCAGUCGAAGUCUUAUAUCUGGCAUCCAUGCGAGUGGUUCCUCACAUUUCCUCGACAGAUCCGGUCGACCCUCAACCACCAGCACCGGAUUAGUCAGUCGCUCCACGGAGCUCGAUCCUUCCCUUGCCACACAUUUACGGCGUUUGUUCACUCAGCGCGUCGACAUCUUCGACUCUGUGGAGGGUAAUCGCGAAUCUCUCUUGUUGGGAGUGGUCAAAAUAGGACUUAAGACUCUGGUGGAGAGCGUGCGCUUACAGACGUUUGGAAAAUCCAUCUGUGGCAUUUUGUGA